AUGGGGGAAAUGGAGCAGAUGAAGCAGGAGGCUGAGCAGCUGAAGAAGCAGAUUGCGGAUGCCCGGAAAGCCUGUGCAGACACAACGCUCGCUCAGAUUGUGUCUGGAAUGGAGGUUGUUGGACGCAUCCAGAUGCGGACCCGAAGGACCCUGCGGGGACACCUGGCCAAGAUCUACGCCUUGCACUGGUCCACAGACUCCAAACUUAUGGUCAGUGCCUCACAAGAUGGGAAACUGAUUGUGUGGGACACAUACACAACUAACAAGGUUCAUGCCAUCCCUCUGCGUUCUUCCUGGGUCAUGACCUGUGCCUAUGCCCCCUCCGGCAAUUUUGUGGCCUGUGGAGGCCUUGACAACAUGUGCUCCAUCUACAGCCUCAAGUCUCGUGAAGGCAACGUCAAAGUGAGCAGGGAGCUCUCAGCCCAUACAGGAUACCUCUCCUGCUGCCGAUUUCUUGAUGACAACAAUAUUGUGACUAGCUCUGGAGAUACCACAUGCGCGCUCUGGGACAUUGAGACGGGGCAGCAGAAGACCGUGUUCGUUGGUCACACUGGAGACUGCAUGAGCUUGGCCGUCUCCCCUGACUUCAAACUCUUCAUCUCCGGGGCUUGUGAUGCUACUGCCAAACUGUGGGACGUGCGGGAGGGCUCCUGCCGCCAGACCUUCUCAGGGCACGAGUCCGACAUCAACGCCAUCUCCUUCUUCCCUAACGGCGAGGCCAUCUGCACGGGCUCCGACGACGCCACGUGCCGCCUCUUCGACCUGCGGGCGGACCAGGAGCUGAUCAUGUACUCCCACGAGACCAUCAUCUGCGGCAUCACCUCCAUCGCCCUCUCCCGCAGCGGCCGCCUCCUCUUUGCCGGCUACGACGACUUCAACUGCAACAUCUGGGACUCCCUGAAAGCAGAGCGUGUGGGAAUUCUUUCUGGCCACGACAACAGAGUGAGCUGCCUGGGGGUGACAGCGGAUGGCAUGGCUGUUGCCACUGGCUCCUGGGACAGUUUCCUCAAGAUUUGGAACUGAGGAAGGCAGCAGAGAGGGGAAGAGCAGCAGAAGCACGGCCCACAGCUAAACAGCACCAUCAGCUGAGCACAACAGAAAUGCCUACCUACCACUCCCACUUGUUUCUAGACACAGGUCACUUGUAGGAGUCUC